CGGACCGAAUCAAUCAAAUUGCUUUACGUGGCUCUUGAUCAAAAGUAAAUUCUUCUUCUUCUGGGUUUCCAAGGCGAUAUCUAGGUUUGGGUUUGUAUUCAAAUUUUGAGCGUUUUCCCCGCUGCAAAAUCGAAUGGAGUGGGACAGCGAUUCCGAUCUCAGCGACGGAGAUGAGGUGGGUGAAGAUGGAUGGUUCGGCGGAGAUAACGGGCCGAUUCCGUUUCCGGAGAUUAGUCUUCCUGGAACGACGCCGUGUGGGUUUGUGGUCAGCGACGCUCUAGAGCCAGACCAACCUAUCAUUUACGUCAACACCGUCUUCGAGAUUGUUACUGGGUAUAGGGCUGAGGAAGUUAUUGGUCGAAACUGCCGGUUCUUGCAGUGUAGAGGGCCAUAUGCUAAAAGAAGGCAUCCCUCUGUAGAUUCCACAGUUGUCACCAAGAUGCGACAGUGUCUAGAAAAAGGCAUCGAGUUUCAGGGCGAGUUGUUAAACUUCCGUAAAGAUGGGUCUCCUCUGAUGAACAAGCUGCGUCUUGUCCCUAUCCGUGAAGACGACGAGAUCACUCAUUUCAUAGGCGUUCUCUCCUUCACAGAUGCUGAUAUCGAUCUCACCCCAUUUCCUGACUUGUCUGCAAAAGAAAUUCCAAGAAGAUCUCGUUCAUUUUCCUCUGCUUUACCAACCGGAGAGCGUAAUGUUUCUCGUGGACUAUGUGGGAUAUUCGAGCUGAGUGACGAGGUUAUAGCUCUCAAGAUACUGUCUCAGUUGGCUCCGUCCGAUAUUGCAUCAGUGGGUUGUGUGUGCCGGCGGCUUAGUGAGGUUACAAAGAACGAUGAUGUGUGGAGAAUGGUUUGUCAAAACACGUGGGGCACCGAAGCUACACGUGUUCUCGAGAGUAUUCCCGGUGAAAAGAGGAUUGGAUGGGUGCGAUUGGCCCGAGAGUUUACCACACAUGAAGCAAAUGCGUGGAGGAAGUUUACUUUUGGAGGUACUGUUGAGCCUUCCCGGUGUAACUUCAGCGCAUGUGCGGUUGGGAAUAAGAUUGUUAUCUUUGGUGGGGAAGGUGUGAACAUGCAACCGAUGAAUGAUACGUUUGUGUUGGACCUUGGCUCUAGUAGUCCCCAGUGGAAAUCCGUUCUGGUUAACUCUCCUCCUCCUGGUCGCUGGGGUCACACCCUUUCUUGUGUCGACGGAUCCCAUUUAGUAGUCUUUGGAGGUUACGGGAGCCAUGGGUUACUCAACGAUGUCUUCUUGUUAGACCUUGAUGCAAACCCUCCUACAUGGAGAGAAGUAUCCGGUUUAGCCCCUCCAAUACCAAGAUCAUGGCAUAGCUCGUGCACACUCGAUGGAACCAAGCUGAUUGUAUCUGGUGGUUGUGCUGAUUCAGGAGCUCUACUCAACGACACAUUCUUGCUUGACCUUUCGAUGGAUACACCAACUUGGAGGGAGAUACCGGUUCCUUGGUCUCCUCCAUCUCGCCUUGGACAUACCUUAACCGUCUAUGGUGACCGCAAGAUCCUCAUGUUUGGUGGUCUUGCGAAAUUGGGAACUUUGAGAUUCCGCUCUAACGAUGUAUUCACGAUGGAUCUUAGCAACGAUGAACCAUGCUGGAGACCUGUGAUUGGGUAUGGAUCUAGCCUUCCGGGAGGCAUGGCAGCUCCACCACCGAGGCUAGAUCAUGUGGCGGUUAGCCUUCCAGGUGGUAGAGUCUUGAUAUUUGGUGGUUCGGUUGCAGGGCUUGCCUCGGCUUCUCAGCUUUAUCUUCUUGAUCCUGCAGAGGAUAAUCCGGCAUGGAGGAUAUUGAGUGUUAAGGGAAGUCCUCCACGGUUUGCGUGGGGACACACCACUUGUGUGAUCGGAGGAACUAGGUUGGUCAUCUUAGGUGGUCAAACAGGAGAAGAGUGGAUGCUAAAUGAAGCUCAUGAAUUGUUGUUAGCUACCUCUGCUACUACAACAUCAUCAAGACAUGAAGAAAAGAGGGUCUUCUAGUUGUUUUAUUAAAAUGGAAAACUCAAAUGUUUGUAGUUGCUCUGUGCAUGGUGAGUUUGUUGAUAUUAGAUGGUUAUGGUGCAGGUUUUAUGCUGUAUAAAGCUAUAAAUUUAUUUUCAUUGUGAACAACAUAAAAGGUAAACUAUAUAAGUUUAGUGGGAGUUAUUGGAUUUUAUA